AUGAUCUACUCCACCCUCGCCCUCCUCGCCACUCUAGCAACGCAGGCCGUUGCCCUCCCCGCCACCAACCACACCGUCCCCCUCGAGGCCCGGAGCUUCGAUGCUUCAGUCAACUGGUUCACGCGCUACGACUGCCAAGACCCCUGCGUCGAGACUGAUGAACAAGGGCAUUGCGGGUUCUAA